CACGGUGAUUUCCUUCAUGUCCAUAAGCCAUCAUGUACGUCUCAUUGAAGGGAACGACGUGUUACUGGGACAAGGGAUAUGGUCUGAGCGUUCAUGAGAUUUCCGCGCGUUGCAUCCUAGCUUUCUCUAUGAACUGGGGAUACAUAUCGGGCUGGAGGCUACAAUUUACAUCGAUAUCGAUACGUCCUCGACUUAAGCUUCCCAAUCAAUAGGGCCGACUGCAACGUACUUGCCCUAUUUAUGGGUGGAAACCAAGAAGGCGUUAUUCGCCUGAAGCGUGGGAGUGUUCGCGGCGUGCAGUCCAUGCCACCCUUGUAC